AUGGACCUACUCAGCUCAGAAGACGUCUCCCGCUUGAUCCCAAUCGGCAACGGCAGACAGCUCUACGUGCACGCUACCGGCCCCUACGUGCCCGAUGUGCCGCUCGUCUUCAUUGUUCCGGGCAUGGGAGACUGCUCUGCGACGUGGCUAGCUGUUCAUCGUGCCAUCAGCUUUGCUCGUGUCUUCAGCUAUGACAGAGCAGGACUGGGCAGGAGUCCGGAUGUGGACCAAGAGCGAACGAUGGAUCAGAUCCUCGAGGACCUCACGAGCUUACUCAAAGCUGCUCCAUUGCCUGGACCGUUUGUCUUUGUCGGGCACAGCUACGGUGGCACGAUCCUGCGUGCCCUGUUGGCCAAACAGGACAGUCUCUUUGCAGGCUACGUCGCCGUCGAUGCCAUUCCCGAGACUUGGCAGCGUCCCUGGCCCAAAGACGAUAUCAUGGCUGUGUGGGCAGAUGUAGAUUAUUUCGAGGUGUCAGGACUGAACUCGGACAACGUCCUCACGCCGGCAGAAUGGAAACGUGUACACGAGCUCACAACGAGCGACGAGGAUACUCAGAACAGAGAGGACAAGUAUAGUAUGCCCAGUCACGAAGCUCUCUACAAGCUCGACCAGUUGGGCGGUGCGCCACUGCUCGGGAAUCGACCCGUCUGUGUCGUCAAAGGCGAUGUCGUGCGCGAUUUUCAGAGGAUCUGUGAUGCCGGCGUCAAGGCCGGCAAUGGCACGCCCGAGCAGCAAAAGGUCUUUCAAGACAUCGUCGAGCUCUACCGUUCAACAGAGGAUGAAUUGCACGAGCGGCAGCUCAAGCUCAGUACACGCGGGCACAUAAUCCGCACGCGUCAUUCAGGUCACAAUGUACAAGCUACCGAGCCAGAGCCUAUCGCACAAGGCAUUCGCUGGGUCUUGAGACAGUUGGCCACUUUGUAG